AAUCAUGCACAAUUAAUAAUAUAUACUCGAUUAUUAUUAUUAUUAUUAUUAUUUAGAUAAAAUAAAUCCUGCUAUAACUCACUAAUAAUUAAAUUAAAUAAAGCGGGUAUUAUUAUUAUUAUUAUUAUAAUUAUUAUUUACUUAUUACAUUGAGGACUGUGAAUUUAUCUAAGUGUUUGGAUUUUUUUAUAAAAUAUAUAUAUAUGUAUUUUUUUUUUGUUUUUGAUUAUCAUGAAGAAGAAAUGUUAUUGUGCGAAUUAUUGUUAAUUGAUUUAUAUUUUAUUUUUCUCGGCAAUUAAAUUCAACUACUGCUUGCUUUCUUUUUUUUUUUUACAUUACACUUGCUUGUGCACAAUUUAAAAAUGUUUAGAAAAAUUUGAUGAUUAUAUAAAUAUUAAAUAAAAAAUGUUAAUGAAUUUUAAUGUAAUAUUAUGUGUACACACUUUGCAAUGCACGAAGCAAAUUAAUAAUUAUUUAGAUUGUUGUUGUCGUAAUUAAAAUGAAAAAAAAAAAGAAAAAAACAAAUAAUAUACAUUUGUUUGUAUUAGAUUGUCAAAUACAAGAAUAAAUAUUAUAUUGUAUAGAUAAGUAAAUAAAUAAUUAAAUAAAUCAACAUGUAAAAAAAAAUGAAAAAAAAAAAAAAAAAAUGUUAAAUUAUUUAAACCUUUAUGCUUUUUUUUGUUCCUCUUUUGUUUAUAAUUUAUAAUUUUAUUAUCUCGAAUUAUUUAUGACGUUUUAUUUAAAUCCAGGUUAAUUUAAAUAUGUUAAAAUGAUUAUUUAAAUUAUCAAGUUAAUCAUGAAAUUUUUGUUGUUUCUUCCUAAUUUUUUGUUGAAUAAAAGUAUCGAAACAGCAUUAAGUAUAUUCAAUAGUUAUUUUUUUGUGGGAGGCUGGAUGAGCUGUGCUAAAUUUUCCAUUUCGAUAUUGACUAUUUGCUGUUUUGUACUUUACUACAUUCCAGUAUCACGUUUAUACUUUCGUAAAGGAUGUUAUACAUUUAUUGAUUACACAGCAAAAAGCUUGAAAUCAGCACUAGCUUCAUCGGAAAACGAAUUUAAAAACAUGCAAGACGACGAUAAUUACUAUUUGCCAACAAGACAACAACAACAUUUAAAAAAUAUAAAAUCUAAAAAAAAACCAAGGGUUCAAAUAUUAUAUGAAAAUAAUGUAGACAAUAAUUAUCGUGAUUAUGAAAAUACUGAACAAAAAUUGAAGCAAUUAAAUUACGAUUAUAAAUCAAAUAAAAAUAUAAAUGGAAUAAAAAUUGAAGAAAAACUUCGUAAAUUAAGAAGAAGAAUACGUUCAAUAUCAUCAACUCAAGAUCAGUUGGAUCGUGAAAAAAAAGAACAAGAAGCUCUUAAUUUAAUUGAAGAAAUAUUAAAAAAUACAAAACGAAAUAAAACAAGACACCACCAAAAAUACCAAGACUAUUCUGAUAGCAAUGUUAAUAAAAAAGUUGUUAAAAUAAAUGAAAAUAAUUUACGUAAGCUUAUAAAAUCCACAGCAUCAAAGAAGGAAUCACAUUUGCCGAUUAAUGUCGAUGACUUACCCAAGCAGAAUCUUGAAGAAGAAUUUAACUUUGAUGUUGGUGGUGAUGGUGAUGAUGAUGAUGAUGAUGAUUCCUUCAUGCAAACUCCAAUGAUCACAGACAGAGUAACGCCAAUAUUGACGAGUGUAUUUCAUUGGAUAUUUGGCACUGGAUGCCAAAAUGUUUGAUGGAAUUAAAAAAGUAUCAAACUAGUUGAUGCAGUCUAUAUAAAUGAGCACAUUGUGAGACAAAAAAAGAUUUUACAUCUUAGACUACCAGUAUGAGACAGUCGUGCGCGAGAAACCAGACAAGAUACAACAUUCACUUGCUAUAUAUAUAUGCUUGUAUAUGAAAAUUUUUAUUUUAAAUUCAUUACCAAUGCAGUUUUAAUAAAAAAACACAUGUGACCUUAUUUAUUCAUUUGUUAUUCAAUUAAAUAUUUGCUUUUAAUUAUUAUUUCGUUAACUUGUGCAUUAACUGUUUGUUUAUAAAUAAAAUUUAUUAUUGUUUUUUUUUUUUUUUUUGAUAUAUAUAAAAUAUAAAAAACACAAUAUCAUUUAACGAGUGAAAAUAUUUCUUUAGUAUCAUUUCAAUUAUUAUUAUUAAUGAGCAACAAAUGUCAAUAGCAUGACGUCCAAUGCAAUACGUGGAAUUAGAAGAAAAAAAAGUUCACUGACAAAUUGUUCACUUGCUGUUAUUGGAGCUCCAGGUGUUGGAAAAAGUGCUUUAACGGUGAGAUUUCUGACGAGACGAUACAUCGGGGAAUACGACCAUCAACAGGAAAAUAGAUACAAGCAUGAGGUGUUAGUGGAUGGAGAGCCAAUUCUUUUUGAAAUUCUAGACUCUUGUCCCAAGAGUGAAGAUGAAAUGCCAACAACAGAGACACUUCAAUGGGCAGAUGGUUUAUUAUUGGUCUACUCGAUAACAGAUCGUGGAUCAUUUAAUUUUGUAAGAAAAGCUAAACAAGCAUUGGCAGUUGCUGAUCCAGAAGCAGCAAUGCCACUUGCACUUGUUGGUAACAAAGCAGACAUGGUACACUUGCGACAGGUCAGCACUGAAGAGGGUGAAAUAUUGGCUAAAGAUUUUGAAUGUUGGUUCAGCGAAGUGACUGCUGCAGAACAAGUUACUCAGGUUGCUGAUGCCUUUCAUGAUCUUUGCAGAGAAGUUCUGGCUGCUAGACGACGAAAUAAACAAUCUCUUCUUGAUAGAAUGCUGGGCAGCAAAGCCACAAGAGCAUAUUCACGAGGAAAAAGUGAUUCAGCAUUACCUAAAGAUUGAAAAUAAAUAUAAUCAUCAAAAUAAAAAUAUCUAUUUGUACAGACUAAUUUACAAUUAUAAAAAAAAACAAUUUAAAAAUAAUUUUAGAAAUUUAUUUUAUAAAUUGAAAAUCUUUAUUAUUUAUCUGAAGAAAAAAAAACAAACCAAAUUGUUAGCUA